CGCCAGGCCGCAGGGUGGAGACGGUGCCUGAGCCGGAGCGGGCAGCCUGCAGCGGACAGUGACAGAGGCCGCAGCGUCCGUCCGUCCGUCCACCCGUCCACCCACCGCGGGGCACAGACAUGCCGGGCAUCGACAAGCUGCCGGUCGAGGAGACUCUGGAGGACAGUCCGCAGACACGUUCGCUGCUGGGAGUGUUUGAAGAAGAUGCUGCUGCAGUUUCAAGUUACACCAGCCAACUCUACAAUGCCAUGCAGAGGAUUUACAAUGCACAGAAUGAAUUGAGCACUGCCACACACCUGACUUCCAAGUUGCUCAAGGAGUACAAACAGCAGCGAUUCCCCCUCGGUGGUGAUGAUGAGGUCAUGACAUCCACCCUCCAGCAGUUUGCACAAGUGAUAGAUGAACUCAGUUCCUGCCACGCUGUGCUGUCAACUCAACUAGCUGAUGCCAUGAUGUUUCCAAUUACACAGUUCAAGGAAAAACAUUUAAAAGAAAUGUUAACUCUGAAUGAAGUUUUCGCUAUAGCUAGUCAUGAUCAUGACCUUGCUAUUAAUAAAUACAGUAGACUAUCCAAACGGAGGGAGAAUGAAAAGAUUAAAAUGGAGGUAACUGAAGAUCUGUAUACAUCCAGGAAGAAGCAACACCAGACUAUGAUGCACUACUUUAGUGCAUUGAAUAUGUUGCAGUACAAGAAAAAAAUUGCACUUCUAGAACCUCUUCUAGGCUACAUGCAAGCUCAGAUCAACUUCUUUAAGAUGGGUUCUGAGCACAUGACCCAACAAUUGGAAGAAUUUCUGGCAAAUAUCGGCACUAGUGUGCAGGGUGUCCGAAGGGAAAUGGAGACUGAGCAGGACCUCAUGCAUCAGACUAUCCAGGACCUGGAAGUAGCCAGCGACAGCUUGUACCUUCCUGACCCAGACACAAAACUAUUCAAUGUGAACAGAAAUCUAACGAGAAAAACUGGAUAUAUGAAUACAAGAAAUAAAACGAGGCUGGUGUCCUCUACCUGGGAAAGACAUUAUUACUUCACCCAAGGCGGGAACCUGAUGCGGCAAGCUCGGGGGGAUGUGGCAGGGGGCCUGGUCACCGACUUGGACAACUGCACUGUGAUGGCAGUGGACAGUGAUGACCGAAGAUACUGCUUCCAAAUCACUGCCUUUGAUGGGAAAAGAUCUGUUGUUGUACAAGCAGAGAGUAAGAAGGAGUGUGAGGAGUGGAUUUCAACAAUCAAUAACAUUUCUAAACGGAUCUACCUCAGUGAGAACCCAGAAGAGCUGGCUGCACGAGUCAACCAGACAGCUUUGGAGGCUGUUACACCCUCUCCUUCAUUCCAACAGAGGCAUGACAGCAGCAUAAAGCCGGCAGUGCACAACAGGGCUCGCCCUCCACCCACAAACAGCCCCAGCUCCCAUGGUUCAGAAUCUCCAGCCCUCUCUGCAAUUUCAUUGGAUUCGAUCGUGGCCCCAGACACACCCAUCCAGUUUGAUAUAAUAUCUCCAGUCAGUGAGGAUCUGUCCAACCUCGCCAAGACUUCAGGUUCCAGAAGAACAAAUCCAUUUGGCGAGUCUGGGGAACCAAAAACACAAGAGUCUGAAGAAUCCAUUCUCCAUCAGUUGUUCAUCGUGAGGUUCCUCGGUUCGAUGGAAGUGAAAACGGAAGAAUCAUCGGACGUCAUCUACGAAACGAUGCGCCAGAUCCUAGCCGCGCGUGCCAUACACAACAUCUUCCGCAUGACGGAAUCACACUUACUCAUCACCUGUGACAGUUUGAAGUUAAUUGACCCUCAGACUCAAGUCACACGUUUAAGAUUCCCUUUGCACAAGGUGGUUCUUUGUGCGACUCACAAAGAGAACAGGCGCUUGUAUGGGUUUGUGCUGCAUACAGGAGGCAACAGGACAGAAGGCCGCUCUCUCUCCGUCUGCUAUGUCUUUGAAUCAAACAACGAGGGAGAAAAGAUCUGUGAUCAGUGGGUGAGGCAGCAGAUUGCCCUGCAGUCGAAGGAAUAGGAUCGGCAAACCACAGACAAACAGAAGGAACUGGACCGAGUGAAGCAAAGACAACUGAAGGAGCUGGAUAAACAGAAACAAAUCGAUAAGGAUCUGGAGGAGCAGAGCCGGCUGAUUGCUGCCUCCAGUCGGCCAAACCAAGCGAGCGGCGAGGGCCAGUUUGUGGCAUUGUCAGAGGACAGUGACACUGCGGACGAUGGCAAGACGAAGAAGAAGGAAUCUGAGGCGUGAGGGUGGAAGAUGCCGUCACAGUGACUGACUGGGAGACCGCUCGACAUCACUACAAGAUAUUACAUUGUAAAGUACUUCCCUCCGUUUGAGCUGGGAGCUUCCUAAACACCAAGGCACAUACAUGUCCUAUGGUGUCUGCUCUGAAGUAAGCCUAUGUACUAUUCUGAACAGCAGAUGUUGCUAGUUAACUCCUCUCUAUAUCUUUGCCUUUACUUUGAAACCUAUAAUUAUUUUUUGACAAUGUAUUGAAUAUUUUACACAUUACAAGCUUGUGCAAUGUGUAUGCAAAGAGCUGUAACAGCUAGUUUAUUGUUGUUAGCUAGUAGAUACCUGUGAGGUAUCGUGCCUAGAAUCACAGCAUCAAGGAAGAGUCGCUGCUUUGUGUAAAUAAAACAAAAAGAAUCAUC